AUCAACACGUCAUAUAAUGUUUCAGCACAGGCCCCUCCCCCUGUCUCCAUCGCCCCCCUCACUCAACCUCUGCUUGGACUCUUGGACAGAGAGGCGUCUCACCUACUGCUGCUGGGACCGCGGAGGGGACGUGCGGAAGAUGGCUGACUUUUUAGCCGGGCACGGCGAGCCCUCAGCGGCAUCACCAGCGUCAAACGGGCGGCUGAGAAGCUACAAAACAUCCGCCGUCUGGCGACUGUAAAGAGCUGCUUCUCGUAUCCCCCUCCUCUGCACCUCACCGCAAAUAUUGACAGAAGUAUCAACGGGAAAACAUGGCAGAAACGGAGAAAGAGGGCAGACCUCCGGAAAAUAAAAGAAGCCGAAAACCAGCUCACCCCGUGAAAAGGGAGAUAAAUGAAGAAAUGAAGAAUUUUGCAGAGAACACCAUGAACGAGCUGCUGGGUUGGUAUGGCUACGACAAAGUGGAGCUGAGAGAUUCAGACAAUCUGGAGUUAAGCGAUACAAGGCAGCACAUCUCUGUCCUUGCAGAAAACUUGCCAAAAAUUCCAGCUCCAAGAGAGAGCAGCGAAGCCUCUCCGGAUCGAGCCAACAGUUCCCAGUCUCUGCCAAACACCAAAAAUGGAGUCACAGAGCCCUCCACCACCAUGCCAUUCACCUCCACAACCAGCACCAAGGAACAUGGCAACCAGUCCAUCACUGUCCCAGUGGUACCUUUGCCACUGAUCAAGCCCUCUGCAGACGAAGACGCAACCAAUGCUCAGAUCUUGUGUGCCUGGUGCCAGAAGAUCGGCGUCAAACGCUACUCUCUGAGCAUGGGCAGUGAGCUGAAGAGUUUCUGCAGCGAAAAGUGCUUUGCUGCCUGCCGCAGAGCUUAUUUCAAGAGAAACAAGGCGCGAGACGACGAUGGCCUCGGUGGGAAAUUACUCCAGCACAGCUUUACUCAGGACACGCCCAGGCUUGUCUUCAAGACAAACAGCGAUGUGCUUGUAUGUGACUGGUGCAAGCAUAUCCGCCACACCAAGGAGUACCUGGACUUUGGGGCUGGUGAACGACGGCUGCAGUUCUGCAGUGCCAAAUGCUUGAACCAAUAUAAGAUGGACAUCUUUUAUAAGGAGACCCAAGCAGCGCUGCCUGUAGGUCUCUGUAACCCAGGACAUGGGCCUGAGGGGGAAGGUAAGGCGGAGUGCAGUGGAGGUGUACAACUACUCACUCCAGAAUCCUGGGGAACACCUUUGACAGACCUUCGGCAUAAAGCUCCUUCACCUGGAGGACCCAUCAACUCUUCAGCUCCUUGCACUUCUUCUGACACCUUGUCCUCGGAUGCUGUGUGCUCACCGUCCAAGAUCUCCACACCUCGAUCCCAUGAGAGCCCAACGCUCCCCCCGCCUCCCAUAGCUUCUUUGCAUCCAGCUGUUGGGGUUUCCCCUGGCAGCCCUCCGAUGGUGAUGACCCCCCGGGGGCCAAUGCCUUUGCCUCUGUUUAUGGAACAUCAGAUGAUGCAGCAGAUUCGCCCACCAUUUCUACGUCCAUCUGUCCACCCGGGCGGACCCAACAGUCCCUUGUCAAACCCUAUGAUCCCUGGUAUAGGUCCCCCACCUCCACCUCGGACUCUUGGUCCUACUUCUAGCGCCAUGCAUAGACCCAUGAUGUCCCCUCAUGUGCACCCCUCAUCCAAUCCCAAUCCUGGCAUGAUCCCGCCCCACCCAGGUCUACACAUGCCAGGACUUCCCCCUUUUCCGCCCAUCAACAUGAUGCCCAAUGGGCCACCAAUGAUGCCACCGAUGAUGAAUUAUGGCCUUCCAUCGUUAGCCCCAUUAGUACCGCCACCAACCCUCUUAGUCCCUUAUCCUGUAAUUGUACCUCUCCCAGUCCCAGUUCCCAUUCCGAUUCCCAUCCCCUUCAACCCCAAAUCUUCCCGGGACCAACAGGAAAACAGUGUUCCUGUGUCUUCAGAUUUUUCAGCAUCUCGGUCAUCUCAGUUUCCGAAUCCUGCUGUAGGAGAGCGAGGCAAACAGAGGCAAGAUCCUGGUGGUGCAGAGCGCCUCUCUCCUGGAUUCACAGACAGAAACAGGUUAGCGGUGAUGAACAUGACUGUGAAGGUGGAGGACAAUAUGAAAACCAUGUGUCCGACCAAUGACACUGGACUGCUGGAAGGAGUCAUUGAUCUCACUGUGAGCCAGAAAGCCUGCCAACAGCAUGUCAUUCACAGGAUGCCGCUUCAGGCUCAUGUCAAAGUAGAGGCAGAAGUUCAGUCAAGAUCUUCACCAUUUGCUGGGCCGGAAAGGGAAGUGAACGGCUGUCACGAUGUAGGAGAAGGGCCCACACUUCAGCAACCUCUCGGUGAUACUGAGAUGUUUGGGGCCACGCACUCAGACACACUGGAAACAUUGAAUUCAACUUCCUGUAAAAAAAGCUGUUCUUUGAAUGUGAAUGGUCUUGAAAAGGACAUUACCCUACAAAGUGCUCCCAGAACACAAAUGGUCCAACCCCAAACUAGCCCUGCUGCCCCAUGUAAUGUCAUUGUCAAUGGUACAGGUUGGCAUUCACUUCAUACUUUUGACUCUGAGAAAAGAAGAGAUGUGGGCGUAACAGAGAGAAAGGCAGAGGAGCACUCCGCAAAUGGUGAGCUGGAGCGGGACGCUCUAAAAGAGAACAAUUGUUCUGUGGGAGAAUGGGAACCUGUGAAGCUGGGCUCAACGCAAGACCAGAUGGAAGAGGCAACGGAGGGUAAGCCAGACCCUGACUCCAAUGUGGAGGAGGGUGAACAUCCCUACACCAUGCCACUACUGUCUACAGGGGGUUGCGUGGUUAUCCAGCCUGUGCCAAAGCCUGGCACCGAGAAGACAGCCAUCCUGUCCUGUUCCAUUAGUACACCAUUAUCAGCCACUGGCAGCCCCGAGCUUGGGCCUCCACCGAAGAGAAGGUGUCUGCGAAUCCGCAAUCAGAACAAAUGAGAUGGAUGCUCCAAGGACCGCUGUGCCAUCCACACCACAACCCACACUGCAUACACGCACACGUCCUCAUCCUUGUCCAUUCUACCAGCAUCACAAAUCGCCUUUGACUUACUGUGUAUUAGGAUCAUAGGAAAGAUGACAGCCCUCAUGGAAGGAAGGGCUUGAUGCAGCGGUCAUUGGAAGCACUUCAUAGUAAAUCCACACAACAUGAACCACGUUGUUUCUCACCGCACACUGCCCCAUGUACAGUAACUCCUAUUUGAAGCAGAUACUCUCUCCAUUGUCUGUUGUAUAAUGAAAGCACUAGAGUGCAAAGUUUUGGAGUUGCAGAAAACAUUGCAUUGUGGUCCAGGAAAUCUUAGGAAAUCUCUGCUGCAAUUUGUGACCGUAGCUUCACCCAUUCACAAAAAUAGAAAUGUUGCCCUCGCUUCAGCCAAGAAAAAGUGCACUUGGAAACCUCACAUGAAGUUCAGAUUGUGGUGGUGGCAGGUGGUAGCUACAAACAUGAACGAUACAGUCAAUGCACAAUACUAGCCUAUUGAGUAAUCAUAAUUUAUUAUGGUUGUGAUAAACCAUAACACACCAUGGAAUCGUGCAACCUCCCAGUGGCUCUCAUUUGUUUUGUCUUCGCGGGUUAUGGAGAAGCGAUACAGACCCCUGCUGUUUGAGAACUGUGAAGGCAUGGCAUCUUGUCAUGGCAAUAUGCCACUGCAGGCUAGUACUUAGUCUUUUCUAUAAUACAUUAGCAGUGAUGUUCCUGUCACCGGGCACUUUGAGACUGACAGGGUUGAGAGAAGCCAGCUUUUAUAAAUAAUCUCCAUUGGGCCUGCAAGGGAAAUUGUUAAAACAACACAUCCUCCAAAUAUAAACACACUGAAGAUUUGAAAAUGGUUGCCAUUGAUCUUGCCAAGCUGUUUAUUUAUUUGCCAGUAAUUAAAUCCAAUUCACAAGCCAGCAUCAUCCUUCAUUCAGUUUCAAGAUGUUUUUGACUGUGACAUAGAUUCCUAUGGAUCCUUUUGAUCGCAUUUUGUUGCACUUAGACCAGCCACCUUGGUAGCGUUUUGUUUACACUAUAGGGAAGUACAUUGUGCCUAUGGGAUGGCAUGUAUCAUAUGCCAGUUCUUGUGGUGCCGUGUUAAAAAUUAGAAUUAUGUUGCCAAACGAACAAGCACUUAUUUAAAAUAAAUGCCCAUGGUGUGUGACAUUGUUAAGUCACACUUUGUGACACUUUUUGUCAUUUCAGCCUUUUUCAUCAUUUAGUCGUACUUAUCCCGAGAUUUACAAAUCAGUUGUAUGCGUCCUCCUACGGUAAAUGCACUAAACUUUUUGUGUGUGGGAUGUGUGGGCCAAUUCCAGUGGAUGCAAGCACAAGUGGAGACUGCAGAGUUCAACUUCACCUGUUGCCUCUUGGUCAUGCUUUAAGCCUCACCUAGCUGCUUGCACAUUUUUGCAAGAUCUCGCAAAACUUGAGCGAGAUAAGGCAAUAACUUUUGCGAGAUCUCACAAAAGUUUCUCAUUGGCCCGUACAAGUCAUUUCCAGCCUCGCUGUUCUCCACGUUACAAAUGGAGUCACCCUCUUACAUCAGCAAGAAAUAAGUCCGUCACAGACCAAUUCUACCUGAAACAAGUGCUUGCAUAUUUGUAACAGUCGGCGUUAAGGGGUUAAAGUAUUUACUCUCAUUUCUAAUCAGUGUCACUAUUGAGGUUUAGGAGAUGAUAAUGGCCACUGGAUUGGAGAAAUUAUGUCUUUAGUGUAAAAACGUGGAGCAUGACGUCUUGUUUAUGAUGUAUGGCGGAAGUCCAUGACCAAAUUUGAGGACGUAAUAAAUGGCAAAAGUAUUGCGUUAGCUGACUAACUUAUUUCCCCCCCAUGUCGCCUAGGGGGCUCCAUACCAAUCAGCGUCAAUGCCAGUGAAAACUCUUUUAAGGUGCGCUGGACUCCAUGAAGGUGUUAUACAAUAGAAGGUGAUGAGACACCGAUUUGACUUUGACCAUGUUGCAAACCCUGGUUUGUAAAGGAAAUCCCAUCCAUCCAUUUUCUAUACUGCUUCAUCCUCAUUAGGGUCGGGGGGGCAUGCUGGAGCCUAUCCCAGCUGACUUCGGGCGACAGGCGGGGUACACCCUGGACUGGUCGCCAGCCAAUCGCAAGGCACAUAUAGACAAACAACCAUUCACACUCACAUUCAUACCUAUGGACAAUUUAGAGUCGCCAAUUAACCUAACAUGCAUGUUUUUGGGAAUGUGGGAGGAAGCCGGAGUGCCCGGAGAAAACCCACACGCACACGGGGAGAACUUGCAAACUCCACACAGAAAUGCCCAGGGGAGAAUCAAACCCAGGUCUUCCCGAUCUCCAGGCUGUUUCUGUAUUGGCCAACGUGCUAACCACUAGACCACCGUGCGGCCCUGUAAAGGAAAGCUUCAUUCAUAAUUCCUUGUGAUUUUUCUUCAUGUCAAACUUAAUUGUCUACCGCUGGUUUAUUAAAUAGUUCCACUGGUUUGACUCAACCCUUAAGAAGACAUGGCGUCCCGAGUGGAUGUCAUCAUAACAGCUGUUCUGCUUAAAAGUACCAUAAAAGCAUAUCUUGGUCUACUUUCAGAGUCAGGUCAGGUUCUAAUGUCCUGCUUUCCAUUGUUUCUCUGCAUUCCAUUGUUUCAUAACAUUACACCCUGCAGUUGAAGCAAGGGAAAUCAUCAAUUCCCUUGUUGGGUUUGAAGCAUACAUUCUGUAUAAACUGUGUUGAGCUGGCUGCUGUACAUGCCAAGAGCAAGAAGACAGACAGAUAGUAGAGGUGUUCAUCGGCAUGUUCAUCAAUCAUUAUUAGUCCUGCCAGGAUAAGGUUGAAAUAAGCAAUGAUAUUGGCUUUAAUCACAAAUGGACCUUUGCAAUAAAGACACACUCAGGUCAGUGUCACCUCUAUAUACAACAUAAAAAACCAUGGUUAACAUCAAAAACCCUGCAUAGGCUGGAAUAGGGAUGGGCAUGAUUAAUCGAUUAAUGCAAGGGUGUUGAAAGUGCGACCCAGGGGCCGUUUUGGUCCAUGGCACAUUGUAGAAAUAAAAUUAAACAAAAAUACACUAAAAUGGGAAACAAUGCAAAGAGAAAAAGCUGAAUCGAUAUCAUCGGCAUGGCAUAAAAAUGAGAUAUCGGCACAGAGCAACAAGGUCAGUAUUUCUGCCGUCUAGAAUCAUUUCCAAGUUCUAAAUAUGCAAUUUGCAACGACUAAGUCUUACGUUUUGCUCUGCUGUCUCCACUUAAAUAGUAGCACUGACUAGAAAGAAACGGGCAUCGCCGCACGUGCUUUCCAGCGACAGUAAAGCAGCCGCUCAUCACGCCAAACAGAAAACAGAAAAACAAAAGAAGAAACAACGUGAAAACUAAGGAAAACCAAAACUAAAGUCCAUCCUGGCAUGUGGAACAUGACAUAAAGCGUCAGUAAAGAGUCAUGCAGCGUGUUGGCACUUUUUCUACAACUUACAGUAUUUGUCUUAUUUUGCACAAACUUUUUAUUUGUGAAGUGCAUCCAGUAGAAGAAGCAUAAUGUGUUCAUUACAUGACCGAGCAUCAGCAUCAGUAGAGAUCCGUAUCGGUAAUAAAGCUGGACAAUAUUGGAUAUCGAGCAUCUCUGCUAAUACUAAAAAUAACACUUCGUCUUCAAAUAUAUAUUAGAGCUGUCAAAUGAUUACAAAUUUUAAUCAGAUUAAUCAGUUUUCAAAUUAAUUAGUAUUGAUGAAUCACCAUUUGCAACCAUGACUGAAAUAUAAUACAAAGCAUAUUGUACUUGCACAUUAACCCUUAUGAAGUGAGUGAUAAGAAUAUCCACGUGUUGGUUUUCUUCGUCUUUGUCUAUUUAUACCACAUGUACAUGCAUAAGAAAGAACCAAGUGUCCGUGAAUGCACCUCACGGUCGUGUGGUGACGAUCAGGAAGUGUCGUUCCGAGGACAAACAGACUACAGACGUAUUAAAAGUUGGAGAUACUGCAUGGUGUUGAAACUGCACUGCUGUUGAUGUGUUCAGGUCAGAAUAAAGUUCUAAAAGAGCGUCAGACCCUGUGACUCAGUGGGCACGCUACACUGUGUCUCCGUAAAGAGGAUUGCUGUGGUGCGCAUGAGCAUACCCGCCACCCUAGUGAGGAUAAGCGGCAUAGAAAAUGGUUGGAUGGAUGGAUGGGUAGCCUUACCUUAUUUUUAGCCUCUUGCACUUCCCCACUCACCUUUGUACCAUAUCAAGCUAUUCAUUGGACUUGAACAACUUGAAUUUCAAUAAAUAACUGGAAAAAUUGGGGUGUUCUAAAACUUUUGACCGGCAGUGUAUGUUUUUCUUUUCUCUGUGAUUUCUAAAGAUAUAAAAACAGCUAAAACGAGACAGCUAACAAUGCACAUAAUGGGAUACAACUAUUCUGCCUACGAAACCUUCUGAAAAAGCCUCCAAAACCAACAAUGCCCCAUUUGCAUAAUGUCACCUGUAUAUUAAAGAAGCUACAGCAACAUUAUUACGCCAAAGAACUACUUUACUGGGGUAGUGACACCUUGCCACACCACUUCGGCUAGCUACUAGCUGGCUAGCAACUAGCUUCACCACACACUCGCUCAAAGAGCGUCCGUGCUGCACUCACAACGCGUCAGGCCACUGUCGAAAGGUAACGCUACAGAUUGGCGCUGCCGCCAGUGCUGCUGUCUUUUUGUUUUUGAGUUUGGAAAAGUUAACGUUAGGUGUAGCGUUCGUUUCUAUCUUGCCAUGUGAAAUAAAUGCGCCCAGGAAGAAAGUUCCGGGAACGCUUAAAACAACCAACGUACGGCAAAAUACUGUCAUACUGUUAUCAUGAAUGUGCCUGUUAGUACUGUACAUGUUUACAGCAUAGAUAUAAAAGCAUAAAAGAAAGGUUUUUGGAGGUGUUUAAUAGUGGGCUUUGUAGGUGAAAUAGGUGUGUCCCAUUACAUGCAGUAAUUAGCCUCUUUUUAGCUGUUUUUAUAUCUUUAGAGCACACAGAGAAGAGAAAGUUGUGCGUUCAUGUCUCAUGAGGAUUGCGGAUGAUGGCAAAAAGUGCAGUUUUGCUUUAAAUACAUUGGUUUUUGCUAUUAACACAUCAUUUAUGACAGCCCUAAUAUAUAAAUGACCUUUCUUACCCUUUUUCCCAAGUAAAAUAUACAAAAAUAUCAAAGUAGCCCCUCUAUCGUUUUGAUUUUGUCAGUAUGCGGCCCACGGUGGACAAGGUUUGGACACCCUUGGAUUAAGACAUGAAUAAAUUGUUAAAACUGUAUCCAUUGUGUGCAGUUGAUUGUUGAUUGUGUCAUGAUGCAGAUUAGGCACAAUGACGUGCACUACUUGGCUCCAAAGCAGCGGAGGCACUGAUGAGUCAGUCUCAACAUGUUUAAAAUAUGAAGAACAACAUACAACAAUCAGCAGAUGGGGAAUGAAAAGGGAAUGCAUUCAUACAGACCACUGCUGUGACCCAACUCCUUCCUAGCAACACUAUUCUGCAAAUAAAAAUGAAUAAUACUCAUAGAAAUGUAGUCAAAUGCCCAACUCUAUUCCGUAAUAAUAUAUAGUAGAACCUCUAAGGUCGAGCAUAAUCUGUUUUGACAAACUAAUGGAAAUUAAAUUCAACUAUCGUGUAAAGACGUUAAAGUAAAGGUACCCUUUGAUGAUGAGUAACCAACAUGCAUGGAGAGGAUGGAAAUGAAAUGUUACCACAAUUUCAUGCAUUUCACUUUUGAACAUUGUUAACUUAUCAUACAAGUGUAAAAAGAAGUUCAAAUAAACGUGACGUGUGAGACCUGGUGAUGAACAUGCAGAAGAUUACUCCUUGUUACCCGCAUAUGCAACUUUGAAAUCAUUUUUCAUCCAAAUUGUCAUGUGACGUUGGGGGUUCCACUGCAGCGUAUUGUAUCUUCAAAACAUGGGAAAAUAUGGCUGUGCCCAAAUGUUGAAAAAUUGCACUGUCUGCAAUCUUUACGCUGAGGUAAGCAGUGGCAGCUCAAUUCCCGCUGAAGCAAAUGAGGUUAUACAUUAAAAUGUCUAAUGACACUUCCACCUUUACAGCAAAUCUUUCUCAACGUAUUUCCUGACCACCACCGUCCGGCGUCAUUUCAUUUCACAUUCACAGUAUUGGUGGUGGAAUGUCUUAACUGAAGUCUUUUGUCUGUUGUUUCUCCACUUUAACACAUUCCAAAACAUGAUUUAUAGCUAGCCCUGGUGCUAAUCUGCAGUAUUGUAAAGGACUGACAUGCUGAAGACAUGAUGAUGAUGGCCUGCAAGCCGGGGGCAUCACCUGUAUUGCAACGACAACCAACCCUUAAAGAUACUAGGAAUCACGACAUCAAACCCAAGUGUUUCAUCAAAAACAACAGAGAAGUUGCCUUAUCUCUUGCUUGUAUAAUCUGUACAGUUACGACAAUUACGCUCACGGUUCCCUUUUUUGUACAAAAUGAAAUAUACCGCAAACUUUGUUCUCUUCCUCGUGUCAACGUAUAGAUGAUCAGCUUUUUCUGUACCUUGUAUGAAUUGUCACACUUUAGCUCUCAGCCCCCAUGCAGUCUCUGUUCCCCGACAUCCGACCUGUUCAAUGUUUUACCUUGUGGUGGACUGUCAAUCUUUUUGUAUCAUAUUAUUUAUUGUUGACAUGUUUUGCAUUUGCAAAUAACAAAGAAAAAAGUAACUCGAGCAUUUUAUUUCAACGGAAAUGCCCGUAAAAGAGCGAAAUGCUUUUGUAAUUAUUCAAAUGAAGAAAACAACAAUAUGAUCAUUUUUAUUCUGAGGUUGUAACAUGUUCAGAACAUGUGGCCAAAGUUUGGAAAAAAACAUUUUUUGUGUUGUAACAAUAUUUGUUAGUGAAUUGCUUAUGAAGAAAAAUAAAUGAGAAGCGCACACCUCUGUUUCAGAUUGGUCCAUGCCAAAUGCACAAAUACAAUUCAUUUCUGCUCUUCCGGGGAUUGCAUUAAGA